CUCCUCCAGGCUCCAGACCCAGUUGAGUUGAGAAUGAGGAUAGUAGGAUUAACGGGAGGAAUUGCUUCAGGGAAGAGCACCGUCUCCAAUCUUUUCAAGUCCCGCGGUAUUCCGGUCGUCGAUGCCGACAUCGUUGCUCGUAAUGUCUUGAAGAAAGGCACUGGAGGGUGGAAAAAGGUAGUGGCUGCAUUUGGAGAAGACAUCUUGCAGGCCAAUGGCGAGGUGGAUCGUGCCAAGUUGGGUCAAAUUGUGUUUUCUGAUCCUGCAAAACGCCACCUCCUUAAUAGGCUGUUAGCGCCUUAUAUUUCAUCUGGUAUCUUUAUGGAAGUCUUGAAGCUGUGGAUGAAGGGUUGCAAGAUAAUUGUUCUCGAUGUGCCUCUUUUAUUUGAAGCCAAGAUGGAUAAGUGGACUAAACCGAUUGUUGUUGUUUGGGUAGACCCGGAGACACAGCUUCAGCGGCUCAUGACAAGGGAUGGAUCUAUAGAGGAAGAGGCCAAAAGCAGGAUAAGUUCUCAGAUGUCUCUGGAUGUAAAGAGGACAAAGGCGGAUAUUGUGAUUGAUAAUACAGGGACACUAGAGGAUUUGAAUAAGCAGUUUGAGACAGUGUUAAUCCAGAUAACAAAGCCAUUGACUUGGACUGAGUAUGCACUUAGCAGACAGGGAGCUAUUCUUGGAUUGCUUUCUAUUUUCGUUGGCGUUGUACUAUGCAAGAAAAGUUUAUGAUUGUAAUUUCUUUAAACUUUUCAUUAAUGUUUCAUGUUUGAAGUAUUCUACUCGAAAACUGGAUCCAUUUGUUGAAAGUUUCUUAUUGUGCUAACAUAGCAUGCAGGAUACCAAUUUGAAGUAGUGAAUUUUGUGUUUUCUGUUUAGAGGCUCUGUUUACCUAUCAAUUUCUCCUAGAAGAACCAGCAGUGGUCCCGUCGCUUGUCAUUAUUUUUAUGAGCUGCUUUUGCACUAAGAUUUCUUUUUUCUGACUUUGCAACUUUUUGCAGUCCCCUAAUCUCUCAAUUCAUAAAUUUCCACCAAGGGCAAGCCAGGCUCGUGCUCUCGUGUUCUCUUUCUUCCUCCCUCCUCUCCUUCCUUGCAUUUUGUUUACUGUUAGUUUAGAGCAGCAUUCAUUUCUUGAACUGAGAUGGCAAAAAACUCUGGCAAUGAUGGUUUGGAGUCCCUAAAAUACAAGACAUGGGUGUUGAAAAUCUUCAUCCAUUGUGAAGGUUGCAAGAAGAAAGUCAAGAAAAUUCUUCAGAGCAUUGAUGGUGUCUAUGGAACACCAUUGAUGCUCAGCAGCAUAAAGUUAGUUUCACUGGGAAUGUUGAUCCCGAAACAGUAAUCAAGAAACUGGUGAAAAUGGGGAAGCAUGCAGAGGUUUGGCAAGCAGAAGAGUUUGGCAAUCAAGAGAAAAAACCUAGCAAGUCGAAGAAAAACAAGAGCCAACAGGAAAACAAAGAUGCUGAUGAUGCUAGCAACGAUGAGGAGAAAACUUCGGCAGUGAAAACUGAAAGUACUGUUAAAGAUGGCGGCAAAGGCAAGGUAAAUCCGAAAGGUCAACCGGAGGACAUUUGUAGCAAUGUUAAGGAAUCUAUGGUGGAGGGAAAAGGUAGCUCUGGUGGCAUUGGCAGCAAAAAGAAGAAAGGACAGAGCAAUAAUGCAGCCAAACGGGGAGCUGAAAAUGGUGGCAAUAGCGAUGGGUCUCCUUUAUCUGCUCCCCAAAUGGACAUACCGAGUGGAAUGAAAGAUCCCGGCCUGUUGUGCGAGCAAAUCCACCCAUAUCAUCAGGUUUACCAUCCAAUCCCAGAGUAUGGAAUGAGUUACAACACGGCGUAUCCUAGUACUAGUAACUCUUCAUAUUAUGAACCCGACAUGCAAGCUUAUCCUUAUCCCCAUUACUAUGCACCACCUCCCCCACCGUCUGAUCCAAUCACAACCAUGAAUGAUCACAGUGACUAUGAUUAUGAUGAUGAUGAUAGUGGAUGCACAGUCAUGUAACCCAACCUUAAGUAAUCAAGGGCUUAAAGUUAAGUUAUUGUGUGUGAAAAAAAAAAAAGCUACCAGUAAUGCUUGCUUUUAGUUGUAUGUAGGGCCAAUGUAUAAUAUAAAUCUAUAUAUGGCUUUUCCUUCA